GGGCUCAGAUUUCAGAGCCAGCUCUUCCUUCUGAGGGUUACCAUAGCCCUCAGUCCUGACCGGAACAGAUCAGGACUCCAGGAGUUUUCUCUCUAACAUCCCAACCCGAGGAAUCUUCAAAUUCCCAAGAACAUCUGGAGGUGUGUGCCUGGGAAGAGGGUGGACCAAAGCAUGGCUCACUCGGAGAGCAGAACGAACAUGAAGAAACAUAAUCCAUCUCUGGUGGUAGAAUUAUCUCUCCCAGACUUGGUCAUCAAUGUAGGAGAAGUAACUCUUGGGGAAAAAAACAGAAAGAAGCUGAAGAAAACUCAGAGAGAGCAAGAGAAGGAGAAAAUUUCGCAGGCUGCCUGUGCUUUAUUAAACUCAGGAGGAGGAGUGAUUCGGAUGGAAAUGGCUAACAGCGAUGAGCAUCCUGUGGAGAUGGGGCUGGAUUUAGAAGAGUCUUUGAGAACACUUAUUCAAUCUUCAGAUUUGCAGGCUUUCUUUGAGAUUAAUCAACAAGGGAGGUGUUUUUACAUUUUUGUUAAAUCUUGGAACACUGACUUUCCCCCUGAAGAUCGUUUCAAGCCCCGCGUUUGUAGCCUGGGUUCUUCAUUACACCUUAGAUCUGCCACCUCUGUGCUUCCCAUGAAUUCAAGAGAGGCAUUUUGUUUCCUGGAAACCAAGAAAAGAAAUGCAAAACUUUUGGAGAAAGAACCUCCUAAUAAAAUUCCCAGGGUUGCAAAGCAAAACUUCCGUUGUGCACCAUGGGAAACUUCCAUUUCCUUUUUUUUGAAUCCUGCUCGCCUAAUUUUCCAAAGAGACCACCUUGAGCAUGGUGAAAUCCUGCCUUUUCCUGAGUCUCAAUAUGUAGAGUUUAAACAGUUCUCUACGAAACACCAUAUAUCUGCAUUUGCAAACACUGGGGGAGGCUAUCUUUUUAUUGGAGUGGAGGAUGAGAGUCGGAAAGUUCUGGGAUGUGCUGAAGAAAACAUUAAGCAUGAGGAUUUGAAAAAGGAAAUAGAAGAUGCAAUAAACAAAUUACCUCGUGUCCAUUUUUGCCAAUCCCAGUGCCAGAUAACUUUCACAGUCAAAUUCUUGGAAGUGUUAGACAAGGGGCAGUUGUAUGGUUAUGUUUGUGUGAUCAGAGUGGAGCCAUUCUGUGGUGCAGUGUUCUCAGAAGCUCCCAGGUCAUGGAUGGUGAAAGACAAGGAAGUCUGCUGCCUGACAACUGAGGAAUGGGUAGGCAUGAUGAUGGACACAGACCCAGAGCUUCUGAAAUUGUCCAAAGACUUUGAAUCUCAGCUGAGUCUAUCUAGCAGGCCUCCUCUUAGCAGACCAGUGUACUCCAAGAAAGGCCUGGAACAUAAGGAAGAUCUCCAGCAACGUUUAUUUUCAGUAUCAUCAGAAGACUUGCAAUUUACUCCUGAAUCUCUCUUGAAGGAGCUGUACUCAGAGUAUGAAGGCCUGGAGGAAUUACUAAAGAAGGAAAUGCAUCCUUUCUCCCGGGGAAUUUUGAUCUUUUCUAGAAGCUGGGCUGUGGACCUGAACUUGCAAGAGAAACAGGGAGUCAUUUGCGAUGCUCUGCUGGUAACACAGAACAGCCCCCCCAUUCUCUAUACCAUUCUCGGGGAGCAGGAUGCAGAUGGGCAGUUGUACUGCACCCGUACCGCCUUUACCUUGAAGCAGAAGCUGGUGAACAUGGGGGGCUACACCGGGAAGCUGUGUGUCAUGACCAAGGUCCUCCACCUGAGUCCUGAGAGCAAUGCAGAGUCCUUUGAAGGUUCAGACUCUCUGAUUAAGUACCCUGAGUCCUACUACCUUGCAGACACCAAGCAAAUGGAAGCCUUGCUGCAGUCCCUUGUGAUUGUCUUGCUCAGCUUCAGGUCUUUCCUGAGUGACCAGCUGGGCUUUGAGCUUUUAAAUCUGCUCACGGUCCAACAGUAUGAGAUCAUCUCAAAAAACCUCCGCAAGACCCCAGAAUUGUUUAUCCAUGGUUUACCCGGCUCAGGGAAGACAAUCGUGGCCAUGAAGAUCAUGGAGAAGAUCAAAAAUACGAUGGGUUGUGAGAAAAAUGAAAUUCUCUAUGUUUGUGAGAACCAGCCUCUGAGGGACUUUAUUGGUAAUAAAGAUAUCUGCUAUUCAGUGACUCGAAAAACCUUCAUGAAAACAAACUCAAACUUUGAAAAGAUUAAACACAUCAUCAUCGACGAAGCUCAGAAUUUCCGCACUGAAGAUGGGAACUGGUAUGAGAAGGCAAAAACCAUCACUGAGAGAGGAAAGGAUGGCCCUGGAAUUCUUUGGAUCUUUCUGGACUACUUUCAGACCAGUCACACAGACUGCUGUGGCCUCCCCCACCUCCAAUACCAGUACCCAAGAGAAGAGCUCAUCAGAGUGGUCCGCAAUGCAGACAAAAUAGCCAACUACCUACAAGAAAUAAUGCACGAAGUCAGAGAAAAUCCACCACCUAACAUCCCCUGGGAGUCCCUGAAUAUCUUCAGUGAAGCUGAAUGGUCUCAAGGUGUUCCAGGCAAUUUAGAGAUGAGUAAGCACAAGGAUAUGGAGCAGAUGGUGGAUUAUAUAGCCAAAAAAUGCCAUUCACUUUUGGAAGCUGGAUAUUCCUGCAAGGAUUUUGCUGUGAUUUGCAGCAUAGCAAGUGAUGUACACAUAUAUAAAUCUAAGCUUCAGAGAGCAAUGAGGAAGAGAAAAUGGUCUCAGUCCAGUGAGGAAUCUGAUCUGUUAGUAAUAGGAAAUGCAUCAUAUAUCAUGGGCAAGCACAUUGUAUUGGACAGUGUCCGUCGAUUUUCAGGCCUGGAAAGAGACAUCGUGUUUGCCAUCAAUCCAACAACGGCUGAACCAGCUGUUUUCCAUAAUCUUGUCCUCUGUCUGGCUUCCAGGGCAAGGAAACAGCUGUAUAUUUUGAUUCCCUUUGAAGGAAUGACUAACUCUGCAUCAUUUUAAUGAUGGUCUUAAUUUUUCCUAUACAUGAGCACAGUAUGUGCUUGUGGAGAGCGGCUAUAGUGUUUGGACAGGUUCAAGCCUUGGG